CGUCCCUCCCUCCUUCCUGGACGUCGUUCCUGUUGUGAGCUGGUGUGUCUGACAGGCGAAAGGCUUCAGCGUGAACAUGGAAACGUGGACUUAGGCGGCGCGUGAGCCUCGGCGGAGAGAAUCGGAGAUGAAUUUGCCCGCCGUGGCCUUUUACGCGCUGGCCGCGGGGCUCCUGGCGGUGGGCCUGCGGGAGGUCCUGACGGGCUUCGAGGAGAACCGCUGCAGCAUGACCUACAUGUUCGAAUACCCGGAGUACCGCCGGGUGGCGCUGCCUCGCCGCGUGGCCAGAAUGUACCCGGCGUACGGGCUUUACCUGUACGGAGAGGGCCUGUAUGCGCAGGAGACCCAGGUGCUCAAACUCACCGGCGCACCUGUUCUCUUCUUACCUGGAAAUGCAGGAAGUUACAAACAAGCUCGCUCGCUGGGAUCUGUGGCCUUGAGGAAAGCGGAGAACGUGGACGGGGGGCUCCACCUGAACAUGUUCACUGUGGACUUCAACGAGGAGCUGGUGGCUCUGUACGGUGGGAGUUUGUUCAGACAAACCCACUUCCUGCACGAGAGCAUCAAGGCCAUCCUGCGGCUCUAUAAGCACCUGAAGACCCCCCCUCAGAGCGUGGUGCUUGUAGGCCACUCUAUGGGUGGGGUGGUGGCCCGAGCCCUGUUCACACUGCCCCGCUUCAACGCUCGCCUGGUCAGCCUGAUCCUCACACAGGCCUCGCCGCACCAGGCUCCGGUUCUGGCUCUGGACCCGUACCUGCUGGAUUUCUAUUCUACCGUGAGGCACAGGUGGGUGAACCAAGCAAACAAGCUGACGAAUGUUACCGUUCUCUCUGUUGGGGGCGGUUACCGUGACUACCAAGUCCGCUCCGGCCUCACGUCACUUCCUUGUCCCUCAGAAGACUCAAAUAAGUUCUCAUUGGUGGUAACCGCUGUCCCAAGAACAUGGGUGUCCACCGACCACCUGUCUAUUGUUUGGUGCAAAGAGCUUGUUCUCGCCACCGUUAGGACUUUUUUUGACCUCAUUGAUCUUGAAACCCGACAGUUCACAGAGAACCAGGAGAGGAAAGUGGCCGUUCUGAACCAUCAUUUCAUCAGAAAUCCUGCCAGAUUUGUGAAGGAAAGUCCGGAAACAUCUUCCUCCGUUCAAGAUAUUCAGGAAACAGGAAGUGAAGUGAACACCCUGCGCCUGACCUACAGCACACCGAAGGAAGGACCAGUGAAGAACUUUGUGUUUGCCCUGUCGAGUCGCAGGAAGGCCUACAGCCACUUCUACUGCCGCAGCAACAACCUGGAGACGUCAAGCUGGGUGUUUGGCUGCACGCGAAAGAACGGCUCUUCUUGUGUCAACACUGAGGAUCUCUCUAAAGGAACCGAACUUCUACCCCCAUACAAGGUCCUCGUUCUGAGUCUCCAUGACCUUUCUGCUUUUUCUCACCUGGUUGUUUCCGCCUCCAACAUCAACGGGAAACAGUUCACAGUGGAGUGUGAGUGGCAGAGACAUCAGUCGGACUCUCAGACCCUAACGCUCUCCGUUCCCAGCGUCUUCUCCUUCGGUUUCACCUCCAGUGAAGUUACGGUAAACUCUUCCGGACUUCUGCACCACAUUCGUCUGCAGCACUUUCAUCAGGCCUACCAGGCUUUCAGGAUUAAUGUCAUCAGUCAGUGCAAAGCUCUGAAAGACCGAUUACCCAGUGUGUACCGGAUGAGGGUCCCCUGGUUCAGAGAGGACUCUCUGACCACCGUCAGUGUCCCAGCAGUGACGGAGAUCUCAGGGAUGCUGCACACCAGUCGUCCUGACAACAGCUCAGGUGUGCUCCUAGAGCUCCACACUGCCCCCAACUGCCAGUAUAAGGUUUCAGUUAGAAGCUCAUUGCCUAAAGUGCUGGGACAGGUCCUGAGAUUCUGUGGCCCCACGCUGCCGGUCUACACUGCUGUAACGCUCCUCCUGGCCUGCAGGGGGCAGCUGUCGUCCAUCCUAAAGAGGAGCCGAACCGUUGACAUGAGCCAAGCGGCGGCCGCAGGGCUGCAGCCUCACAAGAUCAACCUGCCCGUUUAUGUUCUGCACGUCUUGCUGUGCUGCAGUUGGUUUCAGGAGGUCUGGUCAAGUCUUUGGCUGCCACCCAUGGAUACAAUCCCUCCAUCAUCCCCUGAUGGGAUGUUUCGUGAGGGCAUGGCUCCAGCUGAGGAGUGGCCUCACCUCCUAUCUCCUUUCCUUUAUGUCCUGGGGGCAGCUGUGGCGUUCUGGGGCAGCUCGCUGCUCCGCCUCCUCAUACGCCUGCUCUCACUGCUGCUGGCUCCUCUGCACAGGUCGUCUGUGUCUGGAGAUGGUGGCACGAUGGGACCACGGGUUCAGAUCUUCAUCAGCCUCUGUCUGACUGUUGUGGGCGGGGUUUCCUGUGGGGCGUUGGCGAUCGCUGCCUCCUCUCUUCUCCACCUUUACAGGGUUCUGCGGCUGCAGAUGACGGAGAGGUAUUUGAGUCACAUGCUGAAUCUGGCACCGCAGAAGCACAAACUAACGGAGAAUGGCACAGUCCGAGAAGAGUCCUCAAGCAAGUCUAAACCAGGCUUGCUGUCUGAGUGGGCCCUGCAGGAGGUAAGGGACAACCUGGAGCUGCACCUCUGCCUGUCGGCACUCUUCACGCUUCCCGUCAUGCUAAGUGCGCCCUCACUCCUCCACUGGAUCGGCAACCUGAGAUAUGCCUCUCAGCUGGAUCCUGAUCCUUGCUGGCCUCACACUGUGCCUCUGGUUAUCGCGAACCUGCUGCUCGUCAACUGCACCACCCUCAAACUCAGCAACAGCAAACUCCUGCCUCUGGCCUCCUGCCUCCCGCUGCCCCUGGCCGUCACCAUGGUGACCUUCUCCUCCCUUCACCUGUACCGAAUCACCCACUUCCUGUCAGCAGCUCUCAUCCCGCUGGCCUUGUGUUGUCUCCUCUGACGGUCUUCGGGCCGUAGACGUCCACAUCCCGUUUAAAUGUUGCCGCCAACAGCUCCAAGGGUCCUGGUCCAGGGGCUUUUGGUGUUGGUCCGCUGGAUGUCCUGAUACCGGUUUUGCCUUUCUCUGCAGUUCUGUGGUUCUGCCUACAGGGAGCAGGAGACGCUCCAUUGGGGGGGGGGGGUUCUGGGGUAACUGCGCCGUAAACUAUAACACUGCCUGCAGCCCAGCACUGAGCUGGACUACAUCCUCAGCAGCAGCAGAACACCAGGGAAACGUCCAGUGAGACUCUCCUUUUUGUUUUUAAUCAACGACGACUGUUAGAUUCUCUAAAUGUUCGACAUUCCUGUGAGACUCCAUGAAAAUAUCCGUGUCGAUUCCCAAAAAUGAGAGAAAAAUGAAACUAAAUCAUAGUGGGCCAGUCAGGGAACUUCCUGGCCAGAUCUUUCAAAUUAAAAGCUCCCCAGAGUCUCACAGAGUGUGACCGUGCCUUAUUGGAGGCUGCUGUAAAUUCAUAAAAAAAACACAACAGCUUCAGAACGGCAAACAUUUGAAAGAAAAGUUCAGUUCAAAAUGGUGCCAUUAAAAAAACAACACAAUAUACAUAUUUAUUUGUUAAAACACACAAAUUGCCUUUAGUUUUUUUUGUACGUCCUUUGAAUUUAUGCAGUUGGUUUAAUUCAUGUGUGGAUUUAUUGUUUUUUAUUUGGAGGUAUUUUGACUUUUGUGCUGUGCUUCACAGUUUCAUGGGAUUCAGAUAUUUGUUACCUUUUGAUCAAAUGUUUGGUAAAUUGUUGAAGUGGAAUUUUUUUAUUUCCCGUCUGGCUUUAAGUGCACAGCCAGGAGUUUUUGAUGUGGGAGGAUUUGUCGUAUGUGGUGCAGAUGUGGUGUUUUCACCUGUGGCUUUUGUAGACAAAGAAACACCUGAACUACAAAAAAACAAACAACAAAAAUCAGUUUCUUGUAGUUGUGGAGGGAAGUUUUUGAUGGAUUGGUGGAUUAUCAUACAGAAUCCAAUAAAAAAUGUGUUGUUUCUAAA